AUGAUACUUCCUUCACAGACCUCGCAGCCUCUAUCUUCGACUUCUACGGUCGAUGCUACUGCGAUCACUUCGAGCAAACUUCUUUCUUCGAUCUCUUCAAAGGGUGGAGCGACCAGUGAGCCCACAAAGGCUACAGAACUACUCGAAUAUUCUGUGUCUAGCCUUGCUAGCUGGGUGGCUUCAAGCUCCGCUCCGGCGGUCAUUGGAGGCAGCAGUCUCGCAUCUCUUUCGUCCACAGACGCGGCCACACCAACCAGUGUCGCAUCUCAACCAGCACGAUCGUCUGCUUCAACAGGAUAUGCCAAUCUGCCAUCGGCAACACUCUCCGCGUCAGCCCAUCUCGAAAGCAGUGUAAUCAGUUCUUCAUCAACCCCGACUCUCGCCAGUGCAUCCUUGGCAGCUUCUAUGAGCUCACCUAGCGUAACAACAAACGAGGCUCCUGCAACGAAUGUGACCGCAUCUGUCCAAUCUAGCAGCUCUCGGAUCGAUAGCUCGACUUCGGGCGGCAGCGUUACCAUUCCUGCAUCCUCCAAGCUCGAAGACACUACUUCUCGAACCACAAUUCGGCCGCAACCCAUACCCAUCAAUCCAAUUAACGGCAACAUGACAAGGCCAGCAAGCUCAAUUGCUACGACGUCAGCGCGGACAACUGAGUCGAUAUCUCUGUCGGCACCAGGAAACGGCACCGUCUCCUCCUCCUUGGCUUUCGCAACUACAUACUCAGCGGCAAGCAGCCUCUCUAGUACUGCUAUGAUUUCGUCAUCUUUCGGCUUAUCUGGCUCUUUCACACAAACCUUCAUCGUGUCUACGACUAGUACCUUGCGCGACAUGUUUACAUUGAGUCCUCUCUUAUCUACCGCCACAUCCGCUAUUCUCUCUAUUCCUACGUCGCUCAGCGGCUUCAUAACCAAGACGAAGACGAGGACUGAGAGCUCGGUACUUAGCUCGAGUAUAAGUUCGAUGUCUACAAACAUCUACGACACUACCCUGAGGACCCGAACUUUGACCAACGCGCCCACCAGCAGUGCUACCGAGACAGUGGCCGCCGCAGCUCCACCCUCAAAGCCACUUACCCCAGAGGAGACUGCCGGGGUUGCUAUAGGAAGCACUGCUGGGAUCCUACUUGCUAUAGUCGCCGCGAUCUUCGUCGCUCGUCGCUACCACGCCAUUCAUGCGGCAAAGCAGGCGUACUUGUACGAUCCUUCACUUGGCGGGAACGGUGGCAGUGGCAGUGCGUCCCAUGACGCACUCAUCUUCAUGUCUGGUGGAGCAAGUGGCUUGCCUUCCACUGGAAGCAGAACACCGCCUCGUGUGCCGAAGAACUCUCGGGAGUACGAUCCUCGCAGUUGGUUUAACAUUGAUGGGCAGAACUACAGUGACCCAGGUAAUCCAUUUGCAGAUCCUGAAGACCCCUUCAUGGACUGGAGAAGUAGUGAUGCAAUUGCCUCGCCCAGUGAAACUGGGUCUGCUCUUGCUGCGGCGGCGGAAAAGUAUGCCGCAGGUCCGCAAAGACCUCUUCCUCCUGUACCGGCGUCUCUGACACCACUCUUUGGCGACCACCACAUUCCUUCGCCAACUCUAAGUCCAAUCAUGAAUGGUUGCAGCUUGAAACGUAGUCAUUCAGUAUCGUCGAGACGAAGCAGUGUCAGGAGCCAAAGGUCAUUGAGGAGCUUUCGUGGCUGUCCUUCGCCAGACUCCGAAUCGAGGAACGUCCCACCAAUAUCUCCUUCCUGGCGUCGGGCGAGCAAGAUCCUAGCAUCUAUUAGAGAGGGACACGCCGACGAUCCUCUUCCGGAUCCAAUCGAACAUGACCUUCUUCUGCCAGUCGAUGUAAGAUCGGAAACGCCAGAUUCAGUGAUGGUAUAUGCACCAGCACCUAUAAGCAGAGCACCGUUGCGACCAAAUCUACCUACAAUACUGUCAGAAGACGAAACGUCCAUGGCUUCACUACCAAGCAUAGCAGCCGCAAAGUCACUAUCAGCUACACAACCUCGAUCAACUGGUAGCAUCCUCUUCUCCACAUACAAAGACGACCAAUACGCCUACACGCCACUCACGCCCAACAACAUCCCAUCACCACCACAUUCCGAACGAGCAGAUAGCGAGAAAACAAUAACCCAUCUCAUGUCAUCACGUCCGCCAACACCACCUUGGCAUCAAUUCACUCCACCACGACCAAAUCUCACCCCUCCGCCUCCUCUCAAGAAACGAUCGCUGAUUCAACUCCGCCGCAAGACACCCUUGGCUGGCCACGGUCAACUCAUGGUUCCGCCUCACAAGACGUACUCCUCUCCUACUUCGUCGCCUUUGACGGUGAAGACGAACUUCAUUGUCAAUUCGAACAAGAGUUUUGAGGGACCGAGAAUGAGUCUUCUUGCCAAAGUGAAUAGCAUGAGCGACAUGAGAGACGAGACAGCGAGUCCGAAGAAGCAUAAGAAAGGCAUUGGACUUGGGAUUGGAUAUCGCGAUUCUAUCUUGUGGAGGAAUCUGUACUGUAUAGCUAGUUUCUAA